AUGCUGUCCGCCCAGUCUCUCGAGGGGUCGCCUCCGCACCCAAGUGGAGGCCCAGGUGCCGCCCUGGCUGCUACCUCGGAAUCUGUUGAGAACCGAGGGCAGAAACCAAAGAACCUUCCGUGUCAGUACUGUAACAAAUGUUUCAGACGAGUCGAGCAUGUGCAACGACACGAGAGGACACAUACCAAAGAAAAGCCCUUCCAAUGUAACUGGGACCGCUGUGGCAAGACCUUUGGACGCCGUGACUUGCUCGUACGGCACGAAAAGCUCGUCCACCUCAAUGACAACAACAAGGACAAUGGGCGAUCGCGCAAGCUUUCUGGCGCCACGCACCACAACCGCAACUCUCGCCUCCUCAACCACUACCUCAACAUCAACACCCUCAGCAGCAGCAGCUACCUCAACAUCAGCAGCCUCAACUGCACGCACAAGACCGACAACAACCCCCACCGCCGCAGUAUCACACCAGCCAUUUAG